AUAGAAACGCGAUCGAAAACAGGACGAGAUUUCGAAACUAACCAAGUUUUGAAUCCGGCUAUCGCGUCGCCCUAAAUACUAUUUUCCCACUGCAGUUAGUUUCGUGAUAGCAAUAUUUUGGUGGAUUUCACUUUUUUAUCACAACCGCGAUCCGGUGUUUGAAAAAAAGUCGUCGAAAUCCAGGCGGAAAAUACUGCGCAACUAUCAUCGAGCGGACAUUCAUAAUCCGGCAGUGAAAAUCCACGCGAUAAAAGAAUAUAUAUAUAUAUAUAUAUAUAUAUCGACGAACCCCGGGAGAGCUCUGAGGAAAGUAUAGAUCGGUAAAUCACCCGGCCCAUCGUGUCGCAAGGCCAUAAAACCCAUCGAUAUACUCACCACAGCCAUGAGCGUUAGUGUGAGAAAAAAACUGGCCACUGGUAUCGCCACCGUGACCAACAACCAUGCGCUGUUCUGUAACUCGGUAAAAUUUCGCCAGGAAACUGACCGAUCCAAUCCGAAAAUCCAGGAUUUUGGAUCCGCUCUACCCUACGACGCCAUCCCUGGGCCCAAGCCGGUACCACUGAUUGGAAAUUUUUGGAGAUUUCUACCGCUGAUUGGUUCGUAUCCAAGGGAUAAUCAGGUGGAGCUGGUUAAAAAAUUGAAAAAGCGUUACGGGAACAUAGUAAGACUAUCAUCGUUACCCGGAAGAUCGGACAUAGUAAUCGUCUGCGAUCCAAACGACUUUGAGAAGAUUUACAGAACGGAAGGUAUCUGGCCAAAAAGAGACGCCAUGCCGAGUUAUAAAUACUACCGAGAUCACGUGAGGAAUGAUUUUUUCAACGGAGUUGGAAGCAUGGUGACAGAGCAAGGUAGAGAAUGGCACGCGAUAAGAAACGUGGCGAACACGCCGAUGCUGAAUCCAAAAGUGGCGUCUAAGUACAUUCAGCCAAUCAACGAAGUGGCUUCGGAUUUUGUCAAGAGAAUGACGAGAAUCCGCGGAAGAGAUGAAAUGCUGCCGGCAACCUUUAGCAACGAGCUUAAUAAAUGGGCUCUUGAAUCCGUAGCUCUUCUGGCGAUGGACACUCGUCUCGGAUGUCUAGACGACCCGGAAUCUCUGGAAACCAGCGACGCUCAUCGCCUCGUGGAGGCAGUGUUAACCAUGAUGAAGCUCACCUACGAUCUCGACGUCAGUCCAAGUCCAAUGUCCGCCUUCCGGAGGAAGGAGUUCAAUCGCGCUGUUGACGUACAAAUCGACAUAUCCAUGAAGUACAUCAAUCAGUGUGUGGAAAGGAUAAGCCGCAAGGACGGUGAGUCGUCGGAGACGCAGAGUAUUUUGGAACACGUUUUGACCACGAGUAACAAGACUGUCGCCUGUGUUGUCGCGAUCGACAUGUUGCACGCCGGAAUCGACACGACGGCGAGGUCGAUGGAGAACGCGCUGGUGCAUCUGUCGACGAACAGCAGAGCUCAGAGGUGUCUUCGAGAGGAGCUCAAGCUAGUUCUACCGGAAGUUGACUCUUCGGUAAGCCAGGAGGACGUCCUCAAGCUCCCGUAUCUGAAAGCUUGCAUCAAGGAAAGCAUGAGAAUUACCCCAACAGCGAUCGGAUCAUUGCGAGAAGUGGGCAAAGACAUCGUACUAUCGGGUUACCAAGUACCAAAGGGAACGGUGGUGGCCAUGUAUCACGUUGAGGCGUCAAAUUCGCCGGAGGAAUUCCCAGAGCCCCAGAAAUACCUGCCUGAGCGAUGGCUCCGAGAUUCAGAGGAAGCAGGUCGAGGUGACAGGGCGUACGCGCCGUCCGCCAGGAACGCUAAUCCAUUUUCCUUUCUCCCAUUUGGAUUCGGUCCGAGAGCCUGCAUCGGUCAACGCUUUGCAAAUUUGGAAAUGGAAAUUCUACUAGCGAAGAUUUUCAGAAGGUGGAAGGUGACAUAUGACAGAGAUCUUCAGUUCCAAAGUAAACUCCUAUACGGACCGGCGACACCGCUGACUUUUCGUCUCAUUGAUGCUUGAAGAAGUUGCAUACACUUAACUUCAACUAUACCUGUGUGGAUACAUGAUUCAGUUAACGGAAACUAAACGGCCAUUAAAAAAAAAUGUCAAGAUUCUGGAUUAUUAAGCGUUCCUUU